UCCUUCUGCUACAGGCUACCGAGUGCCUUACCUUAGGUAUUAUGGGGCAGGUACGAAUUGCAUGUACGGAGGAAAAAGUACGUACUGCGUAUACCUAUACGCAAAGCAGCAGGGAUGCAGCGCAAAAGAUGAGAAACCCAAAAGUCUUGGCAUCGCACCCACUGUUGCCGUGUGUUCCCACCUUCUUGCUACUCACUGGACAACUGCGCGUUGCCCACGAGCCAAAUCCGCCCUUUCUUGCUUUGCUUGGCUUUGCUGUGUGUUUCGCUCAGCCAGCCUACCGUCAACUCCUACCGAAAAAAUGGUCCAUCCGUUUAAAUGAACGGCGGAGCCCGCUUCCUACUACGCUGCUCUCGGCAUCGAGAUUCACCGUCCU